CGAUUCCCUUCAAACCAUAGCUACAAGAGCUGUGGCAGUUAGCCACCAUAACUGACUUUGCCGCCAGUGCAAGAUGGCGACGCUUCAAUAUCAUCCUGGUCCAGAUCUGCGGCAUUGGCUGCAUCACAGCUGGCGUCAGAUGCUCUGCGCUUGGUUAACAUUCUGGGUAUUUUUCAUGUGUACACUGAGUCCCGUCUUACCAGAAGUUAUUUACCGUGUGGAUCCUUUGGCGCUGCUGGCAGCUACACUGAGGACAUAUCAGAGGGCCGGCUGUGAUUCCGAACAACUGUCGCUCAGUUGUCCGCGUGGUACCAGUAUUUCCAUUGAAUUGGCCCAGUAUGGUCGAGCAGGAGAUUUAAGUGACCACAGCCUAUGUCCACCACUAUCCCAAGAAGAUCUAACAACCACUGGUAGCAGUUCGGGUGAUGGAAGUGCUGGUCUCAUUGGCACUGGUAGCAGCACGGGCGUCAUUCAUAGCGGGACCCAAAUCGAAGUAAAGCCUCCGGAGUCGUGUACAGUAAGCGGAUUACAGUAUGCCCUGCUGCAGACGGUAGUCGACGCCUGCCAGAAGAAACGUCAUUGUAAAUUUUCUGCAAACUCUAAACCUUUAGCCAGUGGGGAUCCUUGUGCCGGUAUACGAAAAUUCGUUGAGAUAGCAUAUAAAUGCCGACCAUAUGAGUUUCGAUCCAAAGUGGCAUGUGAAAACGACAAUAUGCCACUUGUGUGCAAUCCCUACUCCAGAAUAGCCAUCUAUAGCGCCUCGUUUGGCUACAUAGAGCGUGAAAGUGUACAAUGCCCGCACAACAGUAGCACACAGCCGUCCCAGACGCAGACUACGCCGGAUACGACUGGUAAACAGACUUGCCUGGUGUCUUAUGCCACGGAGACGGUUAUGCAAAUUUGCCACGGACGACGUCGUUGUUCGGUGACAGCGGAUGCCGGCACAUUUGGAAGACCAUGCAAAAAUGAUAUACCGAUGCAUUUGAAAGUCGUUUACACUUGCAUACCACGCAAAGUCCUUAAGGACCGCUAUGAAACUGCACCUGAACCCGAUGAACCACAACAAAGUGAACUCGACAUGGACCAAGAUGAGCUCUAUGAUGAGGAUCAAUUCUACAAGGAAGGCGAAGCCAUACCCCCGGCCCCCAAACUACAGGGGGCAAUACCAAAUGCAGCAUAUCCGUUCGAUUUCAAUAUGCGUUCAAGUGAGCCCACCACAACGUUGAUGCCCUCAAUUCUCUCGCAUAACGACAACACUUUGGAAGGUAUGUUAAUAAUUAAUUCUGUUCAUUCAUACUUUACUCGUCCAGUCAUACAACCAGCCAGCCAAUCAUUGCUGUUGUGUGACCAGGCACAUUACGUCAACACCAAGGAUGAUUAUGGGGCCUCGUCGAAAAUAAAUGAAAAUGAUUUAUUCCACAAACUGUCGAAAUUCUUCAAUAAAAACAAUUUAGACGACGAUAAUGAAGUAGGAGACGAAGACGAAGACGAAGAAGAAGUGGCGGCCAGCACAAUGAUGGUGGCAACAACAUUACCAACUGACGAUGGCAAUGAUGAGCCGUCGUCGCCUUCAACAAAUUACAUACACCGCAGACGUUGUCAAAUGGAAGAUGAUUGGGGCCCAAUUGGCUUAAAUUGUACCGCAGAUGAUGUUAAUGUAGAACGUGUGCCUGUUAUUGGAUUCAUCGUCAAUUGGAUAAGGGCAUAUAUUCACAUAAAAC